AUGGCGGCCCAAGCCGAGCGAUCGAUAGCUCGCGCGCAAUUCAUUAGGGCCCACUCCGUCCUCGCGAUAACGGGCUCCGGGCCCUCCUCUCGCCGAUGUCGGUCGCCGAUAACUUUGUGUCCGAUGGAAGGGCCGCUGAAAUGGGCUGACAUUCAAAUAACACCCACAAAGUGUGAGUUCGAGACAUCCGCGGGCUCGAGAAGCGGGGAACGCGAAUAA